AUGGGAAAUCUGAUGUUCUCGGUGAGGUGCAAGGAACCGAGCACGGUGGAGGAAUGUGACUCGACAUGGGAGACCGACUCAGAAAGCGACGAUCAUCCGGGAGAAGAGGAGGAAUGCAAUGGUCCACCAGAAUCAGAGCAUUCGAGGGAAGACGAGAGCAUCAGCCAGUUUGUUGUCAGGACUGACUCAUCCACUAAAAUGAAAAGAAGCUUCUAUGCUGCCAGAGACCUAUACAAGUACCGCCACAGUUAUCCGAAUUACAGGGAGCAUCGUCUACGCAAUGAGUACCGCAACCUGAGAUUCUAUCUGAAUAAGAUUCCUCUUAUACCAGAUGAAAUCUACGUUGAAGAGAUCCUCACCAAAUGGAAAGGAGAUUAUGACAAGCUGGAACACAAUCACACAUAUAUUCAGUGGCUUUUUCCACUGAGGGAACAAGGCCUCAAUUACUAUGCCCAUGAACUCACUCAAAAUGAGAUCAAGGAAUUCCAAAACACUCAAGAGGCCAAGCAUCGCUUUGUGCUGGCGUAUGCCAUCAUGUUGGACUUCUUUGGGAUUAAGCUCCUAGAUAAGAGUGGAAACGUGGCUCGUGCUGCAAACUGGAAGGAGCGCUUUCAGCACCUGAAUGAGUCUCAGCACAACUAUCUGCGUAUUACUCGUAUUCUGAAGAGCCUGGGUGAGCUGGGCUUUGAGAAAUACAAGUUUCCUCUGGUGCAUCUGCUGCUGGAAGAGGCCCUGGUGCACGGCACGCUCCCCAACAUGCGCCACAGUGCACUUGAAUACUUCGUCUACACGCUCCGCGUGCACAGACAGAGACGGGCCCUUCUGCGUUUUGCCCAGUCCCACUACCACCCCCCUGAAAACUUUAUCUGGGGGCCUCCGAAGAGAAAAUGCUUUUCUGGAGCAAGAGCAAGUCAGACAGAUCGUGCUCUAGACAGAAACACAAGGAAAAACAGAUCUAUUAAGCAGGAAUGUCCGGAUCAGUCAGAGGAAGAGGAAUCAGGAGUUGAAGGGAGUGAAACAGAGGAACAGAAGAGUACCAUGCUGUCUAAAAGAAUACAGUAUGGCAGAGUAGAAAAAGUGGAAUAUAUCGAGACUGUCCCACUCUGAGUAACAUGGACUGAAUUUGUAA